AUGUAUUUGUUGUAGUCACCUAUAAAUUCGCCUUACAUCAUAUGUUUGCACUUUUUCAAUCGUUUAUAGUCUGCGUGCUGUGUACAUAGAUAUAUAAAAAAAACGAUUAGUGCCAUUGGUAAUUAUGGCUCUUAGUACUGUGAAUGAGUUCGUCAGGCGGUCUGCCACGGCUGGUUUUAAUUUAUUGAAGCCCCAUGCCUUGGCAGCUUGUGGUGUUAAGAUCGGAAGCACUAAUAAACCAAACACUCGCGGUGCGGCAAAAUGGUAUCCAGAUCCCGAAUUUAUGCAACAAUUUUCGGGUCCAGUUAUGUAUCCUGAUGAGGUUACUUCUCAGUGGAAACUACCACCAUGGAAUCAUCAAAUUACACCCGUGGAGAAGACUGUGCGUAAUUUGACUCUUAAUUUUGGUCCUCAGCAUCCAGCAGCUCAUGGUGUCUUACGUCUAGUUAUGGAGUUAGAUGGUGAGACUGUAAUGCGCUGUGACCCCCACAUAGGAUUGCUGCAUCGUGGUACAGAAAAACUUAUCGAAUAUAAAACAUAUACCCAAGCAUUGCCUUACUUUGAUCGUUUGGAUUAUGUAUCUAUGAUGUGUAAUGAACAAUGUUACUCUCUAGCCGUAGAAAAGCUGCUAAAUAUUGAAGUACCACUACGUGCUAAAUAUAUCCGAACAUUGUUUGCUGAAAUUACACGCAUCCUAAAUCACAUUAUGGCUGUUGGCACACAUGCUCUUGAUGUUGGUGCUUUGACACCAUUUUUCUGGCUUUUCGAGGAACGUGAAAAAAUGAUGGAGUUCUAUGAGAGAGUUUCGGGAGCACGUAUGCAUGCUGCUUAUAUUCGUCCUGGUGGAGUUUCUUUGGAUAUGCCAUUAGGAUUAAUGGAUGACAUUUAUGAGUUUGCCUCCAAAUUUGCCGAACGAUUGGAUGAAGUUGAAGAUGUUCUUACGACUAACCGAAUUUGGGUACAACGUACUGCGGAUAUUGGCGUUGUUUCAGCCGAAGAGGCUUUAAAUUACGGUUUUAGUGGUGUUAUGUUAAGAGGUUCGGGCAUUAAAUGGGAUUUGCGUAAACAACAGCCCUAUGAUGCCUAUGAUUUAGUGGAAUUUGAUGUACCUAUUGGCACCAAAGGUGAUUGCUAUGACCGUUAUCUGUGUCGUGUCGAAGAAAUGCGUCAGUCCUUGCGCAUCAUUGAUCAGUGCUUAAAUCAAAUGCCCUCUGGAGAAAUUAAAACCGAUGACGCCAAGGUUACUCCUCCAUCUCGUUCCGAAAUGAAGACCUCAAUGGAAGCUCUUAUUCAUCACUUCAAACUUUUCACCCAGGGCUAUCAAGUUCCUCCAGGUGCCACUUAUACAGCAAUUGAGGCUCCUAAAGGAGAGUUUGGUGUUUAUUUAGUUUCCGAUGGCUCCAGUCGCCCAUAUCGCUGCAAAAUUAAGGCGCCUGGCUUCGCCCAUUUGGCAGCUUUAAAUCAUGUUGGAAGACAACACAUGUUGGCCGAUAUAGUUGCUAUCAUUGGUACUCUUGAUGUUGUGUUUGGCGAAAUUGAUCGUUAAUUAUUUUGUAUCUUUAUAAUUUCUACUUCAUUUGAAAAACUUUAAAUGAAUGGGUUAACGAAUGUCUAUUCAAAUUUUUGUUUGUGUUAAAAAAUAUAUACGCAUUUGGAACAUCCA